GGGUGUUCCUUGCUUUUGGGAGGUGCUUUAAAUGUGACUGCCAGAGCCGUGGGCUGCUUAGAGCAGAAGCCGAUUGCACGAUGCUGAGCUCGGGUCUUCCUCCUGUUUUUCUGGUGCUCACGGUGCUGGAGCUGAGCUGGUCCCUGAGUGACGAAGAAAAGAAGAUAAUCCUGGAUGAGCACAAUAGAUACCGCUCCCAGGUCUCUCCUCCUGCCAGGGCUAUGAUGAAGUUGACCUGGGACAAGGAGCUGGAGAACCUUGCUCAAUCCUACGCAGAGAAGUGCAUCUGGGACCACAACAAGGAGAGGGGCCGACGGGGGGAAAACCUCUUUGCCAUGGCCCCAAUGCUGGAACUAGAAUUUGCUGUGGAAGACUGGAAUGGGGAGGAGAAAUUCUACAACUUGACAACAUCCACGUGUGUCCCUGGGCAGAUGUGUGGCCACUACACCCAGGUGGUCUGGUCAGACACAAAACAGAUUGGCUGCGGGGCAAAGUUCUGUGAGAAGAUCGAAGGAAUCGAAACAGAGAACAUGCACCUGCUGGUUUGCAACUAUUAUCCCGCGGGUAAUGUGAAAGGGAAAAAGCCCUACUGGGAAGGACCCCCGUGUUCGAUGUGUCCCACAGGCACAGUCUGUGUGAACAACCUGUGUGGUGAGUGAGCGAAGCCGCGCGUGUCCCUUGAGGGGCUGUUGGGACUGAACCCCCUGGGUUGGGGUCCAAGCUCUGAACCCUCCUGGAGUUUUCAGGAAGCCCUGAGCCAGCAGGUCCAAGGUUGGACCAUGAGAGCUCAGGAGCAAUGGCUGCUCCUAAGAGAGGUCAACUGCCUCAGGAAGAGGAGA